CGCAGCACCGGGGAAACGGGAACAUCGGGGAACCGGGCAACCGGGAAGACUGGGAGCCGCAGCACCGUGGAAACGGGAAGCCAGAGAACCGGGAGCACCGGGGAAACGGGGAGCCGCGGGACCGGGGAAACGUGAAACCGGGAGCAUCAAGGAAUCGGGAGCAAUGGGGAGGCGCAGCACCGGGUGUCGACUUCAAGAUGAAGACCAUCGAGGUGGAUGGGAUCAAGGUGCGGAUACAGAUCUGGGACACAGCCGGCCAGGAGCGGUACCAGACCAUCACCAAGCAGUACUACCGGCGGGCUCAGGGCAUUUUCCUGGUGUACGACAUCAGCAGCGAGCGCUCCUACCAGCACAUCGUGAAGUGGGCCAGCGACGUGGAUGAGUAUGCACCCGAGGGCGUCCAGAAAAUCCUCAUCGGGAACAAGGCGGACGAGGAGCACAAGAGGCAAGUGCCCAAAGAGCAAGGGCUGCAGCUGGCCAGGGAAUACGGGAUGGAUUUCUACGAGACCAGUGCCUGCAGCAACCUCAACAUCAAGGAGUCCUUCACACGGCUGACGGAGCUGGUGCUGCAGGCGCACCGCAAGGAGCUGGACGAGCUGCGGGGGCUGCCCCGCGCCCCCACCCUGGCCCGGCUGGAGGAGGACGAGCAGCAGCCCCUGGGGAGCGAGGACACCCCCAAAACCUGCUGGUGUUGAAGGCUGAGACCCCCCGACCCCUCCUCCCCAGGCUGUGUCAGGGGGCACGGUAGGGGCAGGAUUGAGGCAGCCCCCACAGAGUGGGGAGCGACACAGGACACCCCCAGGGACAGGGAAUGUGGCAAGGGGGCCCCCCAUCCUGGCACCUGUGCCCUCCUCGGCUCGCGGGUAGGGUGGGGGCUGUCCAGGCACUGUGUGCCCACCCUGUGCCACCCUGUGCCCGUGGGACCCCCGGUUUUACACAGUGGUUUGCAGAAUAAAGGUGAUGCUGGAG